CAAUAACGGCCGCAAUUGCCUGCUCUUCCGUUGCCCAUGACACCGGAACGAAGUUCUGACAGCUGAUCCUCAAUCAGUUCACAUCCGCUGCGAAAGCCCCGAAAAACCCUCGUUCACACAUUAAUGUGCGGCUCCUCACCGCGGGACGGGCCUCCUGUAACCUCCGGCUGGUGUCGCAGACGUGAAGAGAGGAGGGCAGCGGAGCAUGGUGUAGCCCGGAGCGGCAGCUCGGAGACAGCAGGCUUUUGAGCAGCAGCACAGUGCAGCACAGUGCAGCGUGGGGCAGACCGAGGCAGAUCACAGCAGUGUAGCCAUGCUUACGUUGGCCAGUAAGCUGAAGAGGGAUGAUGGAGGAAAGACGGGCCGUGCCUCCGGAACCUCAGACUCCACCCACAGGGUCUCCAUCAGGGACCGACUCCUUACCAAAGAAGUUGCAGAACUUGAAGCCAAUCUCCCUAGUACAUGCAAAGCCAGUUUCCCAGACGAGGACAAGCUGCAUCAUUUUCAGCUGGCAGUGUCUCCCGAUGAGGGUUACUACCAAAGUGGAAGGUUUCAGUUUGAAAUAGAUGUCCCAGAAGCCUAUAACAUGGUGCCUCCUAAAGUGAGAUGUCUGACCAGAAUAUGGCAUCCUAACAUCACAGAGAAUGGAGAGAUCUGCUUGAGCUUAUUGCGGGAACACUCUAUUGAUGGCACAGGCUGGGCCCCCACCAGAACAUUAAAGGAUGUGGUCUGGGGACUGAACUCCUUGUUUACUGACCUGUUGAACUUUGAUGACCCGUUGAACAUUGAUGCAGCAGAACAUCAUUUGAGAGACAAGGAGGAUUUUCGGAAUAAAGUUCAAGAUUACAUCAAGCACUACGCCAGAUGAUAGACGCAUCGGCUACCUACAUCAGCCUGCACCAACCAACCAAACUGCUCUACCUUGCCUCUGCUUAUCUUGGCCAACUCCCCCCCCCUCCUUGUGUGAAUCAACAGCUGACUCUUUGACUCUUAAUACUCCCCUCUUCUUGAUACCACAAGCCGCCCACGCCCUGCUGUUGCAAUAAACUCCAUGUUGCAGGAACAAAAUAAUAAUAAAAAAAAAAAAGGAAAUAAAUUAUGCGUUUGAGGAAGGGCUUGCAUACAAAAGAAAAAUAUGCUUAUAUUAUCCUUAUCAAUUGAGUGUUGCAAUGACCACAGUGUCUGUUCAUUGUGGCAAGUUCACCGAAUGACGCUGCCUCGCUGAGCCUCUCGGAGACGAGCCGUGGCAACGACAAGGCGAGGGAUGUGAUGCGAUGAUUCACCGGCGCUUAAAAAAAAAAAUAAGGAGAGAAAAAAAAAAUGAAACGGAAGACACAAUCAGCUGUUCAAGAGAAAGAAUAUCCGUUACUAUCAGUUCUCUGUUCCAGUGCCUGCCAUGUUUGUGUCGCUCAAGAGAAAUUGCAUGUGAGUUACGUAUAUAUGCACACACAGACACACACACACACAUCCUGUAGUAAAAGGUGAACACAUUCGGUACAUACGCGGCCCCACUUGACAGCAUGUGAAUGAGCACAUUGUCCCGUUCUGUUGUCAUCCUCCUUGCAUGUGCACACACACUUACACACACGCACAACGACAAAAAAAGAAGAAGAAACUCACAUGCAGACCUUCUUUGUUUUCAGCUCCAGUGGGAUGAAGUAUGACUACUAAAACCACAGCCAAAUGUAUUGUACUGUUUUCAGCUUCACCUCCUCUUCCUCUCCUCACUGUCCUUUUUUUGUCCUCCCUACCAUCUGUCUGUUUCACCCACACGGAAACACACACACACACACACCUUGUUCCAUUGAGGAUGGAGAGGUUUAUUCAUACUCAGUCAGAAAGUACGAUGACAUUGACACAUUUUUGGUGUGUUUGCUCUGUACUCCUUCACAGUGGGUGUGAAAUGAAGCAAUAACUACACGUUUAAAGAACUGAUUUAGACUAAAUUUGACAAACAGUACAUGCGCUUUUUGUACAGUGGCCCCCAGGUUUAACAGACAAGAUGUUAUUGAACAUGUGAACAUAAACAUAAAGAGGCUAUGAUAGAUAUAAGUAUCAGAUUGCAAUGUGAGAAAUACUGUGAAAUGGGUCCCUUGUCGGAUCUACAGCUCCCGUCAGUUUACAGAGCCGUAUAGUGUGUUUGCGCUCAUCGUUUUAUUCACCAACCCUCGUAAUCUUGUUUUCAGUUAAAUGCUGUAAAAAGGUCAAUGCAUACUUCCUGCAAAGCACCAAACAACAACAACAACAGACAUACACUGUUGGAGAGUAUCUGGUGAACAUAGUCAAGCAUAGUAAAGCCAGGAGUUUCACUCAGGAGUUGGUAGAGACCAAAAACAGAGGGAAAAAAAAGAGAGACUAAAAGAUUGGAGCUACAUUUAGCAAGUGGACAGAGAGAGGGCUCCAAAUAAGUAACAACAUUGCUCUGUAACUGCUUGACGUGGGUAAAUAAGCAACAGUUUGCUUAAAAGAGUCAUCACAAUUUGUGCUGCCCCUCCUAAAAUCCUCGGGAUUCUUGUCCUGCACUGUUCGCUCAACGUGAACACCUCAAAACAGACUUAAAACUGAAAGUCAGCACUUUAACCUGGCAGUCAUUGUUUCAUUUCAGCGUCAUUGUUCUACAAUAUGGAGCAAGUACUUUAUAACUGCACUGUCUAUCACUUAUUCUGGUUGUUGUGGGAUACUUCCCAAGCUGUAGUGUGUCUUUCUAAAAAGGACCGCACUCCAUCCUCUCGUUCUCUUUGUGUGUGUGUGUGGACUGUAUGUUUUCACUGUUUUGGAGUCAAUAGCAGAGGUUCAUGAAGGCACUCACAUAGCAAGUAAACACAGGAUAGAUAGGGAAACUAGUUAUCUAUAAAUAGUAAAGUAAGUGGUUGUCACUCUGUACUUUUGCGUACGUGGUACAUACAAUGUAAGGGGGAUAACAUAUGUUAGGUUACAGUCACAAAGCUAAUUCUCAUGACACUGGAGGCGUUGCUCCUUUUAAACUAAACAAGACGAUGCUCAUUAGGCCCCUCGUUAGAUGGUUAGCUUACUAUCGAAUAGGAAAAGGCGCUGCUGUGAAUUGACUAGAGUAGAUGACGAGGUGCACUGCACUGUGGGACACCUCCGGAGAUAUCGAGCUAACCAGAUAACCUCAAACUAUUUUUAUGAACCUCUGCCGUUGUGGAUUUUGGCCAUAAAAUGCAUGUUCACUUUGUGUGUGUGUGUGUGUUUGUGUGUUAAAGAGAGAAAGAAAGGGAGACUGUCACUCAAUUAGCCAGUGAGGGUGUGUGUGUGUGUGUGUGUGUGUGUGUGUUUUGCUCAGCCCUGGCUAACGUUGUGCCUCUAGUUUGAGCCGUAUAUCUGAACAUUAAGACUGUUCUCACUCCAUUCAGCUUUGUGUUCACACGUCUGCAUGAGGCAAAGUCUACGUGAUCAGCCAGUGGUGCGUUUUUACUAAAGGAUGUCAGAAAUGUAGUUGCUGAAAAGGGUUUUGAAAUUUUUACGUUGGGAGAUGUAUGUGUACGCGUGAAUGAAGAUUGAACAUUUUGGUGAAAUCCCGUGCUUGUUGAGCGUGUGUGAGCAGUUACAGUAUGACGUGUCGAAAUGAUGUGACUUGUUAGCAUGCUCUGGUUCCCUCUUUUUUUUUUUUUUUCUUUUCGUUAUUCUGGCCCAGAGUUAAACAGCUCAAGUUAUUAUUGUUUUCCUCGUGAAAUGAAACAUAUUCAACACAGACAAGACCGGCUUCUGCCAAAAUAAAGGAUCUAAGAAUAUGACAAAGAUCCAUAGAAAGCACAUGUGAAUGUGGGCGCUCCAUGGCAUUUCUCAGCAUGGUUUCAGUCCACUCAAACCUUGACGGCUAAUGUAACUGCCUGUUAAUAUAAAGCCACCCUGUGUAAUCACCAUGACAGUUAAUUGUCAUGCCUGUUGCCUCCAGGAUAUAGCCCGAUGCUCUGUACUUAAUCUUAGCCUUACUAAUACUCUGAUUUCAGCUUCCUAUUGAAUGCUUUGUCAUACGUCCUUUAAUUUGGCAGUCAGCAGUGUUUGUUUGUUUGUUUGUUUUCCCAGGAUAUUAUUGCAAAAUGUCUGCUUGGGCUAACUCCAUCUUUGGGCCAGGAGAGGAAGAUUAACAACCUGUUUGUCAAAUCCUCAAGCGUUUCUUUCUCAGAUUGUAUAUCCAUUUUUUAAGAUAUAUUAAAGAGAAUCUAAAUAAA